AUCCAAACCCCCCUCUCUGUCUCUCCUUUUUUCUGUUUUUAUUUUUUUCAAUCUCUCCUUUUGGGGCGAAAGAGCAGAUGGGUGCUCUUGAUUACCUCUCAAACUUUUGUACGGUCACCAGCACAAGAAGCAAACGCAAACCAAUGCAGUUUCAGUCUCUUUGGGUUUUCAUUUUCACAGACAGUGGAGCUUAAGGUGAAAAUGGAUUGUGAUGGCUGUGAGAGGAAAGUUAAAAAUGCUGUUUCUUCUAUGAAAGGUGUACGAACGGUGGAUGUGAACAGAAAACAAAGCCGAGUGACGGUGACGGGAUACGUGGAGCCGAACAAGGUACUGAAGAGAGUGAAAAACACAGGGAAAAGGGCGGAGUUCUGGCCAUACGUCCCUUACAAUCUGGUCUACUAUCCUUAUGUAUCUCAGGCGUAUGACAAGCGGGCCCCAUCUGGGUACGUUAGAAACGUUACACAAGCGCUUCCUAAUCCCACCGGUCCUGAUGAGACUUUCACCACGCUCUUCAGCGACGACAACCCACAUGCAUGCACUAUCAUGUAAGAUAUAUGGAUCUCUAUGAGAUAGAGAUAGAGAUAGAGAUGAUGAGAAAGAGAGAGAAAGAGAGUUUGGUUGUCCUACAAACGCAUGUUGCAUCUUUCUGCAUUCUGUGAGUGAAUGUGUUAGAGAGGGUACACUUGGUUUUUUUAGUUCUUAUGAGUGGUAGUAUAUUGACUCUUGUAGGCUUUAUUUCAUUAGCUUGAAUAACAAGUGUUGUAGUGAAAUUGAAUAUAAAAUAGGAUAAAUUGGCCGUAUUAAGAUUA